AACGGAAGUUUUAUCUAUACUUCCGGCUCCGUGUUAUACACCACGCGUGAUGGCUAUCGACGUGAAUAAUUCACCAACAUUAUCUGCAGAGAUACAAGAAAUUCUGUCGGAAAAUAGCCACCUCAAGUAUUUAUCUGAAAAUGACAAGAUCAAAUGUAGUCUAUCUGGCCAUGAAAUGUCAUGUGAUGCAAAAGUUGUGAACAGUUACCUUCAUGGGAAAAAACACAAAAGACUCAAGGCACUUAAUGAUUAUGAUUAUGACAAAUACAGACAACACCUCGUUGACAGUACAAAAAGAUUUCCCAAAAAUCAACUGCUGUGUUUAUUGACAUAUAAAUAUAUCAACAAUUUACAGUCUUCCUUACAAAAACAUAUUAAUGGGCGCAAAUUCCAAAAAGCUUUUAAGAAAUGGGAAGAAUUAAAGAAAGAAGGCAAGGAAUAUAUAGUUCCAAAGAAACAACCUAAUUCUUCAGAAAAUUUUGAAGACAUUGGAAAGAAAAGGAAGAAGAAAUCAAAAUAUGAAGAAGAUGGUGAAGAUGAAAGUGAUAAUGACAGCUUAAGUGAUCUUUAUCCAAGGGAAGAAUUCCCGAAAGAGGGCAAGAAACAUGUAGUUUCAAAGAAACAGAAACCUAAUUGUUCAGAAAAUUUUGAAGAUAUUGGAAAGAAAAGGAAGAAAAAACGAAAAUAUGAAGAAGAUGAGGAAGAUGAGAGUGAUAAUGACAGUUUAAGUGACCUUUAUCCAAGGGAAGAAUUCCAGAAAGAGAGCAAGGAAUAUGUAGUUUCAAAGAAACAGAAAGCUAAUUGUUCAGAAAACUGUAAAGACAUUGGGAAGAAAAGAAAGAAAAAAUCAAAACAUGAAGAAGAUGAGGAAGAAGAAAGUGAUAACGACAGCUUAAGUGAUCUUUAUCCAACUGAAGAAUUCCAGAAAAAUGAUGAUGGCCAUAAAUCAGUAAAAAAAAAGAAAUACGCCUCUGAGAGUAAGUUUAAAAAAAAGAAGAAGAAAAGGAAGAAAGUGGCAGUGACAGUUUAAGCGGUUCCUGUUAAAGUAUAUUACUGCAGAUAGAUGAACUUUCUGUUAACAAUUUGGGAUUCAAGAUUCAAAAAUGGUGAACAAUGUCCAGGAGAAUGUUGAUUAUCAAAUAUAGUACAAUUGGAUGCAUUUGGAAUGUGUAAAAUGUAACUACUGCUAUUGGAAAUCAUAAACAAGAAGGAAGAAGAUAGAGCAAAAAUAAACACUGUGUAUGAAUUAUAA